AAAGCCCAGUAACAUAACCCUAGGUUCACCAUAUAUAUAUAUUUACCUGCCGCAGUCCGCAAAAAAACCCUAGACUGCAUAUUGCUGGCAGAAUUUAUUGCCGAGGUAGAGCUUCAGGUCUCGUCUGCUAAGUUCUCAAACCUCCGAAGAUGGCUAAGCAGAGUGUUCAGAUGAGCAAAAAGAGAAAGUUUGUGGCAGAUGGCGUCUUCUUCGCCGAGCUGAACGAAGUUUUGACACGUGAAUUGGCUGAAGAUGGAUAUUCUGGAGUGGAGGUCAGAGUUACUCCAAUGAGGACUGAGAUCAUCAUCAGAGCCACUCGGACUCAGAAUGUUCUCGGUGAAAAGGGGAGGAGGAUUAGGGAGUUGACAUCAGUUGUACAGAAGAGAUUCAAUUUUGAUGAGAACACUGUGGAGCUGUAUGCUGAGAAGGUUAACAACAGAGGACUUUGUGCCAUUGCUCAGGCUGAAUCACUUCGAUACAAGCUCCUUGGUGGUCUUGCUGUCAGGAGGGCAUGCUAUGGUGUUUUGAGAUUUAUCAUGGAGAGUGGAGCCAAGGGAUGUGAGGUGAUUGUUAGUGGAAAAUUGAGAGCUCAACGUGCCAAGUCCAUGAAGUUCAAAGAUGGUUACAUGAUUUCUUCUGGUCAGCCUGUGAAAGAGUAUAUUGACUCUGCUGUAAGACAUGUUCUCUUGAGACAGGGAGUACUUGGUAUCAAGGUGAAGAUCAUGCUUGAUUGGGAUCCCAAAGGAAAGCAAGGUCCAACUACACCUCUUCCAGAUCUUGUCACAAUCCAUCCUCCCAAGGAGGAAGAAGAAUACAUGAGGGUGUCAGUGGCAGCACCAGUUGAAAUUGAGCCUCCGGUUGUUGUGUAGGCAGCAAGCCUCAGUUGCAUCAACUUGAAAUUUUUCCAAAUAUUAUUAUAUUUUGUUAAUUUUGAGUGUUAGCUUUUUUUUGUUAACUUUGGGUACUAUAGAGACGUUGGAGAAUUUUGUUUAAUGUUACAAUGACAAUCGCAAAUGCCUCAAUGACAAUUUUGUCCUAUUAAUAUAGUCUCUUUUUCCUGGUG